AUCUCCACCACCCAUUUCCCCGACCAUGACGACGGAUCCACAUAGGAUGCACCGUCGGAAGGUUUGUCUUCUGCUUGUUGACGUUGAUUUAUCAUUAAUUUAUAACAUUAUUAUACUAACAAUAGAUUAAUAAUUAGUAACGUCAACAAAAGCCAAAGAAACUGUCGCAAUAUAAUGCCAGCCAAUGCCCCAAUUCGGAUAAUUACCCAAAAAACCAAAAAAAAAAAAAAGGAACUUGCACCAUGCCCUUGUCCUCCGAAGUGGAGUGUCACCAGAGCUCCACCACUGUUGGUUUUUGCCUCCUUCCAUCGGAGCUCAUACAAUACAUAAUCCUCAAUUUAGCUUUGCCUGAAAUUGUGCGAUUAAAAUCCAUCAGUAAAUCCAUCGACUCCAUUACUUCAGAUGAAAAUUUUAUUCGCGAGUACAAUAUGCAAUCAAAUUUAUACAAUUGGCUCUUCAUUUACAAAAAGCGAUGGAGUCGUUUAUCGGUACUCCACGGCUUCACCGACCAGUCUGAUCGAUGGUUCAAGAUUUCGAUAGCCGGAAUUUUGAACUCUAUUGUUUCUCCUGGGGAAGAUCUCUUUCUUUUGACGGCUUCGGGUAAUUAUUUUCUUUUUGCCUUGAACACUAGUCGGGAAGUUAUUUCAGUUAAUCCCAUGAACAAUACGGUCAGAAAGCUCCCUCCAAGUCCACUAGGACCACGUGGCACAUCUUCGUGGCGUCGGUCCAGUAUGAAAUUACUAUGUGGCCCUUCAGGCUCGGGUCAUUUUCGGUUUUUAUUUGCUGAAAUGCACGAAAAUGGUCCGAUUCUAUUCGAAUACAAUUCGGAUACUGACAAGUGGGGGUCUAUGGAAGCAAGAGAAAAUGUUGGAGAUUUGCCACGUGGCAGUUGGAGAGGGGAUCACGUUAUUUUCCUUAGUGCAAUGAAUGGGAGGAACGAAAGUGUUAUACUUGCUCUUCCAUCACAAAGCGACUCACCGGUGUUUGUACGGCCAAGAUUCGAUUUGGAAGGGAAUGAGGAGGGGCAACUGGCCGUCGGAUUGAGUUGGGGGAGCGUGAUUGAUAGGUUACUCGUGUACGGUGAUGGGAACAUGAUGAUCGUUAGAUCGGAUGGUGGUGAUGAUGUGAAUAAAAGAUCAAGGUUGUUAAAGGGUGUAGAAUUGUGGGGCUUGAGCUCAAAUGGGAGGCACUGGGAGUUCCUUUCAAAAGUUCCAAGUGGAGUAAUUGAGAAGAUAAAGAAGCCCUAUGGAGUUAUAGUUGGGUGUUUGGAGGAGAGAGAUGGAAAGAUUAGGGCUGUUCUGAUGUCUAACUUUGAGGGAAUAUGGGAUAUAAUAUGGCUAUGUUAUGAUAUAGUGUGGAGACAUUGGACUUGGGUCCCAAUCCCGGAGUGCAAUAUGAAGGGCUCAAACAUGGCUGGAAUUAGCUUCUCCUCUGGCCUCACCUUGUCCUGAUCAAAAUUGUCAAUUUGAAUCAGACGGCUACUAAUUGAUGAUGUAAUAUAUCCGUCAUAUGGUAUGCUAAGCAUUGCAUUAGUGGGUAUG